AUCAAAUCUCCAACCGUAAUUUCCUCUCCCUGCUAGCCGCCGCUCUCUCCUCCUUCCCCUUGCUUCUCUCCCAUGCAGCGCCGCCCAGCCCUUGAAGCCGACCCGGCCGCCCGAGCUCAAGCCCCGAGCUGCGCAGCCACCCAGCCCCACCCGCAGGUGCCGCGACCCGGCCACCCGCGUCCGACCGCACCAGGAAGCCGCCAGGACCCGCUGCCGUGCCCCUGCACCUGCACGCCCGCGACGCCCAGGCGCGACUGCCUCGCGCCGCCAUCCGCCGAGCCCCAGGCGCGCAACCCCGGGAGCCGAACCAAGCUGACCGCCUUGCCCUUCCUCGACGCGCGAAACUAGGAGCAGCCGCGCCAGCCGUGACUCGACCGACCCCGCGCGUCCACCUCACCGUGACCGACGCGCCCUGCGCACAUCCUCGCCGCGCGACUCGAAGCGCAAGUGCCGCAGUCCGUUCGUCUCACGAUUUACUGGAGCAUUACUACAUCCGUUUCCUUUCCCCAUUAUUCUCUCUGGUAACGUCGCCAUUGAUGGUGCCAUAAUGCUGCCGACGCGUCUCUCUGGCUGACUCUCCAUCUUCUCUCUCUUCUCUAUAAAAGACAGCAGAGCCUCUCUCUAUUUUCCCGUACCCAAGCUCGCCCCUCUCUCACUCUGUUGCUCGCCGUCGUACGUCGUCGCCGGAGCUCGCUGUUCCUCGCCGGAGCUUGUACCCCACCGUCAGAACGCUCACCAACGACCACGUCCGGAAUCCCUGCCCACGCGCGCGCAGCAGCACCCCGGCAACCGUGCCCACGCCGUUCGCCGUCAUCCGUUCAUCCCAAGGUCGAAGACAACCCGAAAUAUUUAUUUUCUAAAUCAUGUUUUGAAUUUAUUGUGAGUUAUUGUUGUAAUAUUAUGAUGAUGCGAUUUGGUGAUUCGUAUAUGAUUGUAGGGAUUUUGUUUUAUACGUGUAGUCAAAAUCGAACCCCGCGACAAUGCUUUAAUAUGUGUAUGAUUUUAUAA